CAUGACGAGGCGAGAAAGCAAGCAAGCAGGAGCAGCCAGCCAUGUCGAUGUCCCAUUGAAAUUCUCUGCGAUUUCCCCAUUUUCGCUUUUCCUUUUUCUUUUUCUUUUUCCCACACAUUUUUCCAUUUCCUGACGUAAAAGGAAACAACAACAAGAGCAGAGCAGAGGAGACGAGACGCGCUUCACUCACUCUCUCCAGACAUACGUAAAUCCCAAAAAUCAUUUCCUUUACUGCUCCCUCCACUAACACUACGACGACUAUCUUUCUUUCAACCCACAAAAGCAAAAGUUAGUCUGACAAUUAUUACAACUCGCCGGCGAUGAUAUCUGCUCCGGCUUCCAGUCUCCGACGCCGCUAGUUAGCUCAGCUCAGCUCACAUUUUACAUGAUAUAUGAUCAAUAUGCGCGAAACUGAACUUACUUUUUGUGCUCCUCCUACUCAUACUCCUGCUGUAGCUAAGAAGACUAAAUCUGAUGAUCUGCAGACUCAAGAAGAAGAUGGGGAUGUGAUAAUCGUCCCACCCUGUACGGCGGUCAACCAUCAUCAUCAUCAUCACCAUCCCCGAUCUCAGCCUGGGUUGAGGCGGAUUAUCCCCGCCGCCGACGAUGACUCCGCCGUCGCCGUCGCCGUCGCAACUACUAUGGUGGAGCGGGUGCUGCCCAAUGGAGAUCUGUACACGGGCACAUUCUUGGGAAACCUGCCGCAUGGCAACGGGAAGUAUCUCUGGGCUGAUGGGUGUAUGUACGAAGGUGAGUGGAGGAGAGGCACGGCGAGCGGGAAUGGGAAGUUCUCGUGGCCGUCGGGAGCUACCUAUGAAGGCGACUUCAGAGGUGGGAGAAUGGACGGCCACGGCACUUUCAUCGGCGCCGACGGCGACACCUACCGCGGCUGGUGGGUGGCGGAUCGGAAGCACGGCUUCGGCGAGAAGCGUUACGCGAAUGGGGACUUGUAUGUGGGGUCGUGGAAGUGGAAUUUGCAGGACGGAGAGGGGAGGUAUGUGUGGAGCAAUGGGAAUGAGUACCUGGGAGAGUGGAAGAACGGCGUCAUGUCUGGUAAAGGAGUUCUUAUUUGGGCAAACGGGAAGAGAUACGAAGGGGAUUGGGAAGAUGGAAUGCCGAAAGGGAACGGAGUUUUCACUUGGCCCGAUGGGAGGAUCUGUUGUACCAGCGGCGGCUCUUGCGGCGGGGAUAACAGUUCCUCCCAUCACGAAUUCAAUAGCACUAAUGGCGUCCAGAAUCGACGGAGAUCGUCGGUGAGCGGGGCAAAUGUCGGCGAGAGGAAUGUGAAUAUGCCGAGGAUUUGCAUAUGGGAAUCCGACGGCGAUGCCGGGGAUAUUACUUGUGAUAUUGUGGACAAUGUGGAGGCCUCAUCCAUGUAUCUUCAGAGGAAUGAGGAUGAAGGGAGUAGUGAAAGUUCAGAAGGAGAUUGCAGCCUGGAAUUAAGGAAGAGUCCCUGUCGAUCUGAGGGUGUAGAAAUGAAAAAACCAGGGCAACCCAUAUCAAAGGGGCAUAAGAAUUAUGAUUUGGUGAUCAGCCUUCAGCUCGGUAUAAGGUAUUCAGUAGAAAAGCAUAAUGCAAUCGGAUGUGAACUGAGGAAUGCAGAUUUUGAUCCAAACCUCAAGUUCUGGACAAGGUUUCCACCCGAGGGAUCCAAAUGCACUCCACUCCAUCAGGCCCCGGACUUCAAAUGGAAGGAUUAUUGCCCCAUGGUUUUCAAACGACUAAGGGAUCUGUUUGGAAUCAAUCCAGCUGACUACAUGGCAGCUCUCUGUUCAAACAAUGCACUUAGAGAACUGUCUUCCCCUGGGAAGAGUGGAAGCAUUUUCUAUCUAACUCAGGAUGAUCGCUUCAUCAUUAAAACUGUGAAGAAAUCUGAAGUUAAGGUGCUCAUUAGAAUGCUCUCCAGUUAUUAUCGGCAUGUUUUCCAGUACAAAAGUUCCUUGGUUACAAGGUUCUUAGGCGUUCAUUGUGUUAAGCCAGUAGGAGGACAAAAGACCCGUUUCAUUAUAAUGGGCAAUAUGUUCUACUCAAAGUAUGGUAUCCAUAGGCGCUUUGAUCUAAAGGGGUCCUCUUAUGGCCGCUCAACUGAAAAGCCUGAAGGGCAGGUUGAUGAGACAACCACAUUGAAAGACCUUGAUCUGAAUUUUGUCUUUCACCUACAAAAGUCUCGGUUUGAAGAGCUUAUCAGACAAAUCAACAAAGAUUGUCAAUUCUUGGAAGCUGAGAAUAUCAUGGAUUAUAGCCUCUUGAUCGGUGUCCAUUUUUGCAAUAACUACAGCAGUAAUGGUUCAAAUGGAUUGCCAUCUGAUGAUUAUUUUGGAAAGAGAGGUGCUCAAGAAUAUUGUUUAUGUGACUCAACAGUGCUAGAGAUGGAGCAGAUAGCGGAUGUAGAGAAGCAGCCACAAGGUGGUUUGGGUAUAAAUCUUCCAGCAAGGGCAGUGCAUACAUCACGAAUGGAACAUGAUUUUUAUACAGGGAGCGGUGGCAGCAAGGGUAGUAGGGAGACAUCGAACGUAAUCCUUUACUUGGGCAUCAUCGACAUUCUUCAAGACUACGAUAUAAGCAAGAAACUAGAACACGCAUACAAGUCGUUCCAAGUAGAUUCCACAUCCAUAUCCGCUGUUGACCCAAAGCUCUACUCUAAAAGAUUUCGGGAUUUUAUCAGUAGAAUCUUUUCAGAGGACGAGGGUGGGUUAUAAGUGAGUGUAUUAUUGGCGAUUGGUGUUUGUUUUAGUGAGCAUAGGUGAAGUAGAAAUUUUGUUAUAUUAGUGAAGUGUACAGUUAAAUGUGGGGAUGUAGAAAGAGGAACAAAUUCUUUUUGUCUGUAUGUAUUUGGCGUAAAUGGUGGAGCCAUGAUGUUUCAAAAUUCAAAUGGGAAAAGGACUGAAAAGCACAGCAGAAUUAUGCGUGAUCGGUUUGUCUACGUUGUUCUGUUGGAACUUAUUAGUUGGGAAAAACUGUAUAAAACAGCUCCCUUUUGCUGCUUUU